GCCACCUCCUCUUCUCCCGGGACCUCCCCCAUCUCCGCCAGUUCCUCUACCCUCUCCACCAUGGUCACUCCUUCUGCUCCUCCACCCCUCGACCAAACCCUCCUCAACUUCCAUCAGGAUCAUAUCUCCAACCACAUCAAGUUCAAGCUUGAUCCAUCUGAGAACAAUUAUCUCAAGUGGCGCAUGUUCUUCACAUGCGUCCUUCAGCAACAUCGCGUCUUCGAUCACAUGUAGUGCCCUCCCCCAGCCACCCCCGAUGCCGCCUGGCUCGCCGUGGACAAACGGCUCGUUCUCUGGAUCCUCUUCACCCUUGUUGAUUCCCUUCUUGAACUCAUCAUGGGGGGCGCGAAUGAUGCCUACACCGCCUGGUCUGGCAUCCGCGACUAUUUCCAAGCCAAUCAAGGCGCCCACUACCUCCACCUCACACGGCAGUUCCGCAACCUCAAGCAGGACGACCUCACCGUCUCUAAAUACGCCCGACGCCUCAAGGUCCUUGUGGACGGGCUCGCUGGCACGGACAAUUCCGUCACCGACCACGACCUGAUGAUGCAACUGCUUCACGGCCUCGACGCCCGCCUCGACACCAUCCGCACCAUCCUCGGCGACACCAACCCGCUGCCUCCCUUCGAUGUCGUCCGCUCUUGGCUGGAUCUAGCCGACUACAACGUUAAUCUCCGGGCAGCUGAGUCGGGCUUUGUAGUGCUCACCAUCUCUGGUGGCUCGGCCCCUGACCGCGGUGAUCGCGGCGACCGAUUGGAUCGCGGGGACUACGCUCCUUCCUCUGGUGAUCGCAAUGGCUGCGGCUCUGGUGGCAACUGCGGCCCUAGUGAUCGCGGUGGUGGUGGUGACCACGGUCACGGUCGCGGCCGUGGUGGCAACCGCGGACGUGGGCGCUCUGACUCUAGUGGUCGCGGGACACCGCCGCCGUCGCCGUGGAUGGGCUACUUCGCCCCCUAUGGCAUGGCCCUCCCUGCUCCAUGCCCUGCUUGGACUUCGCCCAACGAUGUGGGCGUUCUCAGGCCCCGCCCUGGCAUUCCUUCCCAGGCGUACACCAUGAUGCUGCUAGGCUCCUCCUUGUACGCGGCUCCGCCACCCACCUCCAUUCCGUAUGGCGCUCCUUCUUGGGAUCAGUCUACGCUUCUUCACCAGGCCUACAACCAGUAGUACAACCCAGCCGUCGGCACCAAUUGGAUCCUCGACUCCGGCGCGACCACACAUGUAACCGGCAAUCCAGGCACUUCCCAGCAGGACAACUCUCAUGACGUCCAGUAGCCCCGGCCCCCUCUGCCCGUUUUAUGGCUCAUCCUCACGUGGUGGCGUUGCUCUCUUCACUUCAGGCGACCUGUGGCACCAGCGGCUGGGCCAUCCUGGCAAAUCCUCUUUAGCAUCUUUGUCUAGCACUUCUAUUCCCGACUGUAAUAAACCUAUUAGCUCUCCAUGUA